AUUUUAUCAUAAGUAUCUAUUCAUGUCAGCUGCAUCCUGGCGUUUGCUUGUGUCACCUUGCCCCUCUAUCUUCGUUGUCUCUUUCUGAAGCCAGACAUUAGUUUCCAAUUUUAGUCACUUAACUCGACAUCUUCGUCAAGAUGCUUAUCUCAGGGAAAGUACAAGAAAGCGCCCUCGUGUGGUUCACUGCCCAAAUCAUAAUCCUUCCCACAAUUCUCGCAACGAAAUGUUUCUGGCGCGAUAGCAGCGUAGCUCUGGACGAGAUGGAACCAUGUUUCCCGUCUCGAGAAAACAGUGCUUGCUGCUCGACAAACAAAAAAAGCGACGAAGCCAAUGAUGUCUGCUUGUCGAAUGGGUUGUGUCUUGCGCAGGUGCAGCCCUAUACGGGCUUGAUUCUACAGAAUACAUGUACCGAUCAGACAUGGAAGAGCUCGGAUUGUCCGAAGAUUUGCCCUGAGGACAUGCGCACAACAUUCGGAAUCCACAUCCUUCCGUGCACAAACAUAAGCAAUAAACAUUGGUGUUGUAGUCCCAGCGGUUCCGAUUGCUGCGGCAAUGCCUUCGAAAUGGAUAUGGGCACGUUGAUGCUUCCGUCGGAUGAAGCGCCUACCACGGUAUCCGGAAAGGUGACGACAUCGACUGCGACGGUGUUUUCCACUGUGACGAGCAAAGUCAUGGCUUCCGGCGUGCAGAGCGAGGAGGACAACGAAAAAACCACUAUCGUUGGGGCAGGUGUGGGCGCGGGGCUGGGCGCUUGUAUCUUGGCGAUGGCGGGCGCGCUUUGGUUCCAGCGGCGAAUGUACGAGAAGAGAUUACGGGAGUCGAAGAUUGUGCAGGCACAGACUUAUGAACAAAACUUCGCUCCUGUGAGGGUGAUGCCGCCGACCGAGCUGCCUCCGAAUUAUCAGCAGACUGUGUUUGAGAUGCCGGCGGGGAGUCCACGGGGACGGGGACUGUUUAUAUAGGGAUAUGUUAGGAGGCUAUCGUUAUGAUUUGAUGACAUACUUCAGCAGCCGUCGCACAAUUCUGUUUCAGCCAGCAGACAAUCUACGCACAUGUAUCCGUGCUUACUUGAGUCG